UUUGUACGUUGUCACGUGACUAAAAUCAAUCAACACGCCAUGACACGGCUCACACAUACACAGCACAACACUGUUGAUUAGCGAUUGAUUUUGAUUGAUUAGACAAUUCUGAUUGGUUGAAGAGAAUCACCCUGGAGGAAUUACACAACAAAGACAUUUUCUUUUUCGAGAUAAUCAUUUUCUUGUCUAAAUAACGGCCAUACAUUGUGAAAAUGGAAUUUAAAUGUAAAAUAUGAAGUCGUCGAACGGGUUGUACACCUGGCAAAGUUUAAAGAAGAAAUAUAAUGGAUGCUCACACAUCGACCACAUUAGAAGCUUUAGAAAGAACAGCAGCUUGGGUACAACAAGUUCAGAAUAGAGUCGAGGAAAUGAAAAAUUCACCGAGCAGCUCUGCCCUGGAGAGUACAGUGGAGGAAAUGAACAUUGUUGAUGAGGAUGAUGUUAAAAUGGAACCAUGUGAAAAAGAUGAUAAUAGUUUGACUGACCAUCAUGAUGAAGCUCUCAAGAUGGCACAAACUUUUCCUCCUUAUAUACCAAAGGGCAAGAAUGGAAAAGCCAUAAAUUAUUCUCACAUUGAUGUCAAACAGACUGUAAAAGACUUUAAAGAAGCUUUGGAAAAGUUUGGUAUUUCACAAAGGUUUGCCUGUACACAUAUCAUGGAAAACACAAGUCAAGGCAAUCUCAGUUUCUUGUUAGAUAAAGGAAAGAAUAAACUUUGGUCAGAGAUCAGCCCGAGGGGAAGGAUACCUUACAUUAGGAUGAGACGUUGGUUGGAUAGCCCAGAGGAACAAAAAGCCACAAUGGAUUUAUUACACAAGUCAAAAGAUUACAAGAAAGGAACUAGAAUUAGUGGUGAUACUGUAUUGACAAAGAGAGAGAAGUUUUCUGUGUUUCAAUUAUUAGUGCUAUGUAGAGUGUUUGAGGAAGAUAAUAAUCCUAGUCUAUCAACACGAGCUCUCCUUGCAGAUAAACUAGAAGCUCCAUUAGAGCGUAUAACAAUCUGGUUCCAAAACCAACGUGCAAGAGGUUUUCCAGCUAAAAAAUUUCUAAAGGAGUCUAAUAUGGGUAAAGAUCCUGUUGAUAUUCAGUCAUUUUCAGGGUUAUCUCCCAAAAAAGAUCAUGGAAUGAGAAAGUCAAACACACCCUUAUCUAAUGGACCGUCAAGUAGUAAUUCUAAUUCCCAGUUAACACCUCAGCAAGUGGAAUCAAACAAACAAUCAGUUCCUCUAUCCCAGGAACACGAGGCACAUAUACAAUCAUGUAUUAGUUCCGUUUUAGGAUCAUCAAUUGGUCAGAACUUGCCUACUACAUCAAGUUCUCAAAUGAGCACUGCCCAGAUGCCAUCGUUUCCAUUUCCGCUUCAACUUUUAAGUAUGGCACAACAGCCAGUGAAAUCUGAACAGUCUGCAUUAUCAUUAGCAAUGACAACUGGACAAACGUAUUCACCUUUCUUGGGAUUUCCUCCAAGUAUUUUUACAUCAGCACAAACAAAUGUUCCACUAAAUACAGUGACCGAUGCUGAUGCUUUGAACUUAAUGAGAACAUGUCGUCCAAUGACUAUCAAACAGGAACCCCGUGACCCAUCACCUUUUCCUGGAAAUUCAGACUGAAAUGUGAAAGACUUUAAAAGAUAUUAAAUCCAAUGAAAUUACAAUGUAUGAUUAUUUAAUUAGUGUCAAUUGUAUGGUAUAUAUGAAUGUAUUUUAUUGUAUGCACUUUUUUUUUUACAUGUUUAGUGUUGCAGUGAAUGAAAUUUAGAAAUGGUUUUCUAGAUUCUGCUGGAAGUGUGUGUUUGAAAUGAAAUUUUGAUCAUCCAAAAUGUAUCAAUGAAAUUAAAGAGCUGGGAGAAAAAUAUGAAUGAUAAAAGAUUUUUUUUGUUUAGCUGAAACUGAAUUGGAGAUGACUACUACUUCAAUCAAAAAAUUGUCCAAAAAACAUACUCUUUAUAUUAAAGGAUUAUGUGUGAAAGUCACUGGUUGAUGCAUUAAUAUAUGUUUAAUGUUUAUUAAGAAUAAUUAAAUUGAAUGAUGGUAAUAAAAUUUUGUGUCAGAGAUACAAUUU